AGACGCUCACGUGACCUCUUUUGACCAAUUGCAGCUCAGCUUUUCUCGAACACCGUCAGGACUAUGGCGAGUAACCUGUAAAACGGAAAGGGGUCACAGGCUGGUAAAAUCUCCCGUGUUUUCGUCUUGAGAUUCGAAACCGCAGCUUAUAUUUAUCUCUUAGGCCAUCAUAUUAACAAGUGAUGCGAAUUUUAUUCGGAACAGUGACAGUUUAGUCCAACUGCGACGGUUCGUGGAGGAUUUAUUCGUCUCUGAAGGGAAAUGUCAAAGCUGCCACCCCCCGCGAGAAAGUCGCUUCUCACCUGCGGCUCCAGGCUGUCGAGGCAGGGGCAGUGUUUUGAAGUGGGUAUUCACAUGCCGCCUGCUCUUAGAAGUGAUUUUUAACCCCGCGGUCCCGAUUUUCAUGAGCGGACGACUUCACACGAGGAUAGCAGUCGCAGUGAACAGCGAAGCAGUCAGUCUGCGAUCGACCUUGGAUGCGGGUGUGUUGUGAACUGCCACAAGAUUACCACCUUCUUUCGGGGAUUUGCGACGGGAGGGGGGUGGUGUUAAGACGUAGCCGCAAAGGGAUAUUACUCUUGGCAUUCUGCUGCCUCUCGUCUGCGUUGAUCAGUAUACAUGGCGUCGAGUGUGUUCUGUUAUUUUCCCGACACGGGUGAGGUCUAGAUCACACAGGUUAAGUCAGUCAACACACCUUUCAGCACAUCGCCCUGGAUGGCUGGUCAGCCCGGUGGAUAAAUGGUGCGACGCCUGACACCUACUGAGAAAGCAUGCGAAGACAGACGCCUGCCUGACUACUGCCCAUCCACCCCCACCUCCCGUUACCUAGUACCUUUGUGAUCGUGCUGUCCGAGUUUAAACAGAGACUGGCCUGACCAAAGGUGACUGGAUCUGUUGUCUGUGACAGUGUCCUUCCACGGCCGCGAUCGGUUCAUCUGCCACAGACCAGUGUGUGAAUGAUCGACUUGCCUGCCAGUUUGGAUUAUCGUUCGCGUGUACCUAACUGAUCUUUGAUGUUCUGUUCUGCGCACACCCCGACGUUCGUGCAGUCAGGUGUUUGCAUCUUAUCUGGUCAAAAGUCCACGGCAGUCCUCGACCCUUCGCCACAUGCCAGACAGGCUUUGGUUAUAAAGAAAUUCGGUUCCAUUACAUUCACAGCCACAGCAACCUCUGGGGUCAAGAGGAAAUAGUGGCUAUGUGUGGUGGUCGCACCGCGGCGGAGAGAGGGCGCCCAAUGCUGUAUGUUUCGGUCUAAACGCUCUUCCCUCGUGAAGCGCUUGUGGAAGCUCCGCGCCUUGCAGUAUGAAAGCGACCGUGCGUCUGAAGAGGAGAGUCCCGAAGACUUGGAAGUGAAGUCUGUGGCCCAGUCCAUGCUCAAACGCCUGAAGGAGUCGCAGCUGGAGAUGCUUCUCCAGGCCUUAGAGAGCAAGGGAGGGGAGAACACUGACUGUGUGCUCCUCCCGAAGAACGAGCUGCGCCUGGGCAGGCGGUCAGUCGCCCCUCACAUCUUGUGCUGUCAGUUGUUUCGGUGGCCGACAGGACUAAAGUCCGAAAUGCAGCUGAAGCGCUUGCCGUGCUGUGGAACGACAUCAGUAGACCCUGCUUAUGUCUGCUGCAAUCCAUACCACUGGAGUCUUCUUUUGGAUCCAGGAUUACCUCCUCUUACCGGAUUGGGUUCAUCUGGAGUGGAUGAUCUUUAUUUACAACGGGUACAUAAAGCUUCGGGUCCGGCAACUCGGGUACCAGAGUCUACAGAGACAGGUCUAACACCCACACAUUAUCGUGAGGAUUGUUCGGAUGACAUGUCUUCUGAGAGUCCUCUGGAUGAGGGUGGAGGCAGCAUUGUUGAUGAUCAUGGAGAGAGCAGUAGCCAACACCAACCAAACCAUCAACACCAUCAGCAUUCUAACUACCACUGGUGCAGUAUAGCAUAUUGGGAGCUACGGCAACGUGUGGGACGCCUAUAUGUUGUUCGAGAGCCUACACUCAAUGUCUUUCAGCGACUUCCACAUGGGAGUGGAAUGUGUUUAGAACUUUUGCAGUCAGAAACACAGCUGGACUCGGUGCGAAAAACUCGAGAAAAGAUAGGUCUGGGCCUCAUCCUCAGUCGAGAGGGGAGGUCCGUCUGGGCCUACAAUCGCUCACAGUUUCCCAUCUUCGUCAACUCUCCUACUAUGGAGGAGCCAGGAUGCAAGUCAUUGGUGGUGUGGAAAGUUCCACCUGGUCACUCUGUGUGUGUCUUUGACUAUGAUCGACUGGAGGCAAUGGAACGGACGCGAGAUGCUGAAUGGUCUGCCCUCCAGGACGGGCCCUAUGAUCCCUGUUCUGUUCGCAUCAGCUUUGCCAAGGGCUGGGGGCCAUUCUACUCAAGACAGUUUGUGACUUCCUGUCCAUGCUGGCUGGAGAUCUUACUCAAGGAGCUGAAAAGGUGAUACUGUGAGAUGUUGUGUAGACAGCAGAUGCAGAGGAAAACGUGAUGGUGGCUGCCACACCAUGUAAGUGAAAGCCGAAAUCCUUUAGAAGAUAUUGAUUGAAGGCUUAGGAAGCACUUUAAUCACUUUUUCAGUUCUGUUAUGUGCUGGUGGACUGCAACCCUCUAAUCUGGCAUUCUUUAGGCUGCUGUCUCUUACAAGGUGUGCAGCCUCAGGGCAGAAACCCUAGUCACAGCAGUGCUCUGAACAGGGUUAGAGUUUUAAUGAAAUCAGGUUCUCUUGCUGCUUCAUCAUGUAACGUGAGAAACAUCAGCUGUGCCUCUGACAGAGUGUGACAAACACAGGAAUAGGACCUGCUUCAUAGGACAUUAACAGCACACCAAUUUAAUAGUGCAGUUUGGCUAAAAGGAAUCUGUGGAAGAACGGGUUAAAGUUGGCUGAGAUUUUUUUUCAAAGUCAGAUUGUGUUUAUAGCCUUUUGAGUUCUUGCAUGGCCUUGAUAGAUUUUGUUAUCACAAAGCAUUACAGAAGAACAAUGAGAACAGGUAAUUCCAGUCUUUAUCAUACUCUGCAGGCUCAGAGGUGGCCAGACUUACAUCCACAGGGACAUCACUUCUUCACUGGAGCAACGGUUGACACCUGCUGUGCCAUUGUAUCCAACUAAGCUGUAAAUGUGCACAGACAAAUGGCACAGUGGAACUGAUAUGGCAAGGCAGUUGAGGGAGCCCUCACCAUAGUGAUAUUCAUUAACCAGUUUGGUUGCUAAAUAAUGGUGACUUUUUUUUUGUAACAAGCCGUUUGAUGAUUAGUUGUUAGAUUACAAUAUCACAAGCUAUAUGAGCUACUGUUAAGGCAUUAUUGUGUCUUAGUUUGAACUGGCACAUCAUCGACUUUAAUGAGACAAAACUUGCAUGAUAGCUGGACAUCUAUUUAUUUGUUCUUCGUGCACAUUCAUGUGUGUCCAAACAAUUGAUACUUUGUUUGAGUUGAAGCCAGAUGUGGGAUCUACCCAAAGACCUAUAAUUUUUUUUCUGUUUUAGUAGUUUGCCGUUAUAUUCCAUUCAUCAUUUGAUUCAAGUGCAGAAAUGAUGGUGGCAUGGGCAGAUAUAUAACAAAGCAUGGAAUUGGUUCAUCAAAUUAAGUGCCUUGUCAUUACAUUUAUCUACCUCGUUCCUAAGCAUUGGCUGUGCUGUGGAACUGUGCUAUGUAUUUCAAAAUGGCUGCCCCCAAACUGAAACAGGCUGGACAAUGCAUUAUGGUAAAGGUUUUGGUUUGUUUACUGGUGAUCAAAUCUCUGGUUUGUGUGAGCAACCACUUGCAUCCAGACUGUUCUUUUUUGUGUGUGGGACGAGGGAAAGCAACAUAAUAUUAUGGGAGACAAAUUCAUGGCUGAUCUAUGGCAGCUUUGCAUCCUCAGCCAGGGUUAAGGUUCUGUGAUAGCUUCCUUUCUGAAACUGUGUAUGCCAUUUUUUGAUAGUGCUCCAGGUUAUUUCCUAAAACUUAUAAGUCUGCUAAAUUAGUAAAUACCAAACAAGAUUGUAGGCUAGUAUAGAGGUUGCAUGGUUCCAUUUUUCUCUUUGUAAGAAUCAUGGAAUAAAUAGGGUGGUGGGAAGCCUGGCAACUUUCUUCCAGAGGCAUGCAGUUGGCUAAAGUUUAGUCCUGAACAACAUUCAGAUAAGAGAAUACACUGUGCUGGAAGGAGGUGUGGUGGGGGGGGGGGGCGGGAGAAGAUGGUUUACACAACUGUCUCAUAUCAUAGCAUGGGGUAUUUGUAAUCUGCCUGUUAGUUUAAAAUCUACAUCUGUGUUGUUUUUUUUUAGUGUUAGGUGGGGUUAGUGAUUUGUAAGGUACGUUAGUGCUCUGAUGUUGUUAAACUUAAAGUUUUAUUGAUAUUUUCUACUUAUUAGACAGUAGGUAAAGCAUGGUUCAGAAUAACUGCUUUUGUUUGUUGCCAUUUAUUUCAGGGGCUGUCUUGGAUGUUUGUGUGGCUUAGAACUGUUCCCAUGCAAACCAUACAGUGAAGGUGCAAUAACUGGGGCAUUUGGGUUUACAAAUACUUGUUAAAAAAAAAAGAGUGUGAAGGAAGACAGUUUUCUUUUUUAGUUACAAGGGAGAACAUAUUCUCAGUUUUUGGCAUGUGGUGGGAUAAUUAAAGUGGCACCAACAGUUGUUUGGGGUUAAGGAGAGUGGAGGCUAUGAUUCUGCCCUGGCUGCUGAGGAUGCAAAUCUCAUAAUGAAAAGUGUUGGUUAGGCUAGAAUGUUUGGUAGCUCGGCCUGGGUCUAACCUUAUGUGGUGUUUUCACUUGCAAUAUAAUCUCUUUUAAACAUAUCAGCCAAAUAUCUUUUUUAGAGGGAAAGAUAUUGUUUUAUGCAUUUAUGCGACACAUGACUUUCAAUUACAGAAUAGGAUUUUUUUUCUUUUUCUUGAUGAAAUAAUUCAGAGAACAUAAGAACUAAACAGAAUUGAAAUGGAAAAAUUACUGAUGGAACUGCAAAAUUUAAUAAAUGUGUUUGCGCUUUUAAUAUUUAAAUAUCAUUCAGUAAUUUGUACUCUGUUCUGUGAUCGGUGAAGCUUAGUUUGUAACAAAUAACUGAUGUCUCUGUUUCUUAAAUGACGUAAAAGAAUAUAAUUUUGACUUGCCAGUGGUUUAGAUUCUGAAAACAGAUAUAGAAUGAAUUAUAAAUAAAUGGAAAAUUUCAAAGUUAUUUACAGAAUAAUGAGGCACACAAAACGAUUUAUUUAUUUUUUUUUUUUUUGUCGGCAUGGUGUGAGAUUUACCAGCAUGCAGCAGGAUAAAAAUUGAACAAGCUAUUGGGAAAAAUCUUCAAUAGAAGGAGGUUAGCCAUCCGUAACCCCUAAACCCCACACAUUUAAAACAGAAAUGGAUCCUAUUGGUACAUAUAUAUUUCCCCAGCUCUGUGGUUUGUUUAAUUGUUAUUAACUAUAUACUUAUAUAAAUAUAUAUAAAUAUAUAUAAUUGCGUGUACCUAUAAACAACAGUGUACAUAAACAUCAUCUUCUGGAGGUGUGGUCUAAAUGGGAGCCAUUUUGUAUGCUGUUAUAAUUUAUGAAAAGACAUUGAAACCAGAUUAGUGACCAGUUGUAUAUUACAUGUGUGUGUGUGCGUGCGUCUUGCUGGUGAUGCAGAUAAUAGAGUGUGUUGUGAGCUGUGUUUUCUUGUGUAUGGCAGGCUUUGGAGCAGGUAUCACAGAAAGUAUGGUUUCUUUGGAGAUGAUGGAGAUAGUUCUGCUCUAGGCCUAUGUUCCUCACAACUACCGUCCCUUCUAAUCUUCCAUGUAGGUCUUUGUCCUUGUAUUCACUUCUUCAUCACUAUGUUAUUGAUUCAUAAUUCCUGCAUCAUCACUUUUGUUUAUCAGGUCCUGAUUAAAUCAUGCUGCUUUUUGUUUUCCAUGACUGGAUUUAACCAUUGUUCACACUGCAGCAAAUUGUAAUGAAAGAUCCAAGCUAGAAAGGUGGCGUUAGAUCGACAUGAUUGGGGUUAAUGCAGACAGGAGAGGAGAAUCAGGCAGGAUGGUGUACCAGUUUGUGCAAAACUGUCAGUAUUCAGCAUUUGCAGCUCUGACCCAUGAAGUAAUCCUGGAGGAGUUCAUGCAUUUGUAACAUUCACACAUUCUUGAGGUCAAGUUAUUUUUGAAGACAGGUUUUAUAGCCAAAUAUUAGGACUGCAGGGGAUCCAAAACCAACUUUCAAAAAAUCCCUUCAUUUUUUUUUAAUAGUUUUCUUUUUUAUGAUAAUUUGGUAUCAGUGUUUGGGAAUAGGGAUAUGAAUGGUGGGGGGCAGUUGAUGAUGCUUGUUCUUGAGCAUAGUGCACUUACUACACCAUUGCAGAAAGAAUGCUUUGCAUACUGUCAGCUAUAUAGUCUAUAUUGCUGUGAGCAUGAUGUCUUUUUGGGGUUGCACAGAUUUGUCUGCCCACUUUGACAUUUUUGCAUACUGGCAUCUUGAUGUUCCCGACACAUAUCCUGUGUAGUGUGUUCAUGUAGGACCAGUUAAAUCUGGCACACCAUAGUUCCUGACCAAUGAUCAGCCCUGAAGUAAACUUGUCUCUCAGGCAAGGUUUUGUAGUUGCUGCUCACUUACAUCAAACUGGGUGGUCAGUGUGGGUUUUAGGAAUUGCUGUUAGGUGAGGUUUAGCCAUGGGUAAAAGGCUGGAUGAAUUUAAGACCGAGGAUACUGCAUUCAGCAGCUACAAAGGAGCGAUGUGUCGGUUCCAUCUUUCAUUCUUGGUCUUUUCCUUUAGUCCACAGUGGAAACAAAUUUCAUUGCUACCAUUCUUUUCCCCACCCUCCAGUUCUGUCAGCUUGGAAUGUUCAUUGCCUUUUAACCCUGGGUCAGUAUUCUGUGUGCCAUUAAAAGCAUUUUUAUAUUUGCUGGUAAGUUUGAAAUCAGGGAAGAAGCAGGUAAAGGUAUUCUGCAGUGUAGACUAAGGUUUGUGGCUGUGCAUGCAUACAUGUUUUUGUGAUCUUUGUGUGUAUAAAUGAGAGCAAGUGCUUGUUCAAAAUUUGUGACAGUUAUGACAUGUCAUGUCCCAUACACAAAUGCAUAUGCACCUUUUUGUAAUAUGCACACAAUGAUAUUCCUGAUGCAACCUUCAAAUCAAAAAUUCUGAACCUCAUGGUUUAUUGACUUUUCCCAGGAUCCCAAUUCUAGUCAUGGUUGCCGAGUAUAAACAUGCUGGCAGCACAAAUGCUUGAUGUGCUUGGAUUGGAGAGUCCCAAUUUAAGGCAAAAGGGAAGCUUUAAGACUUUUUGAAUGGACUUGGACGUCUAGUUUUUGCAUGUGUAUAUUAACAUUAGUGUUAGGAUGAUAAGGAUUAAAAGAAGCCCUCAUGUUAAAAUUGUACGUGUCUGAGAAAUCUUUGAUACUUUUUUGGAGGAAUUCUGCAAUCACCUUAGUAUAUAUUUUUUAAAACAAAAUUUUGAACGCAAAAGUAACAUGCACAUGUUUAUCUCCUUACCCAGCACCUCAAUGGCUCAUCACUGGAAAAUAUUUUUACAGUUUUGAAAAAAUGCACAUUAUUGCAAAAAUUAAAUGGUAGAUAGAAGUUUAGGUAAAAGAAUGUGAUAAAUAAGUUGCAUUAAUUUUUAAAUCUUGUGCUGUUAAAUUUUGACUCUCUUUCUGUGCAUGUGCACAUUCAUACUGUGUGCCUGUCCUCACAUGCAGAAGCAUGGACACAAGUAUGUGUAUACACACGCUUGUGCUCCUUGCCUAUUUGAGUUUUCUUUCUGGACAUGAUAAAAGCAGUAUUACUGUUAGGUAAAUGUUCCUCUUUGUAUAUGCUACUUAGUGGGUGGUGGGAGGUGGAAGAGUUGUGUUAGGUAAAACACAGACUGCACCAGGAAGACAGGUUAUCAGUAACAAUUCUUAGAAAAACAAUUAAGAGUUAAAGUGGGGUAAGGAAAGCAAGGGUGGAUGUGUUGGGUGGAAUAUUUAAAUGUGUAUCAUGUGUAAGGACUUUAAGCAACUGACAGGUUGACAUUUGUUAAGUAACUGUUUUGUCUUUACAGAGGAAGGUUUUGUUUGGUUGUGCUGUCAGUACUGUUAAAUGCAUGUGACCACUUUGGUAGGUUGUGAUGUAUUAUGGGAUUCUGUGGCUAUAUGGGAUGUAGGAUUCCCCACCCCUCCUCACUUGUACCUGUUUUAGUGGGAGUCCCAUGUUGUUAUUUCUGUUUUCUGGAUUUGUGUGAACGUUGUCUUCUGAGCACAAGCACGCUAUGAAUGUAAACACAUCUGCCUGUAUUGUAAGCAAACGUCAAAGAUUCUGUAGUACUGCCAUGCAAGAACAGAGAAACUUGCUGUAAGACUCAGCCCUUUCUAGCCCUGCAAAGGAUUACUUUCCAGUAUUUUGUCAGACUUUAUUAUUUAAUGACAAUGAUCACUGCAGAAAAAGUUACGUGCAGUAUUGUCAGAAUGUAGACAUGGAUACAAGACUACAGGUGUUAGAUGGACUCCCAGAAAAUUGCACUUUCCAGUUAUUAACCACUCUCCUAAUAAGUGCACUAAUUGAUAUAGGAUCUAGCUGCUUGUUUACAUGAGUUAUUUAUAAACAAAAAUCUCAAGGACUGUAAAAUAGUCAACAAUUGUAGAAGGAAUUUUAGUUAUUGUAAUGGGAUGGAUUCAUUUUUUAGUUAAGCUAUGAACAUUUUUCUGUGAUUGUGUUUGGAGUAGGAGGGGGAGGGAUGUUGGGGAAAAGGCAAGUCGAAAAACGUAGUUUUAAAACCUGUACUUUUUGUUGUAGUAGCCAUUUUGUUUUUAGCUGCCAUUGCCUCAGCCAAGGUCGUCAUCCUUGAUGACAGUGGCAUUCAUGUUUGGGUGCAUGUGUACCUUUGUGUAUGAGUGUUUUCUUUUCACCAAUGACUGUUGGAUGCUCACUGAAGGGCUACCUGUGUAUAGAGGAAAUGGAGGCCAGACCUUUGAGUGUACAGAUUGUUGAUUAAUGUUAAUCUCUGACAGCCUCUUGCUGCAACGGAUGACCUGUCAGCUCAGGUCUCAAAAUAAAUACAAAACUAAUGUGGA